AUAAAUAUUCUGCGUAAAAAAUCGAUGGUGGAGGAAAGGUAUAGUAGAUUUUUCUUAAACGUGCUGUUUACAUCUACUUCAUAACACAAUCGCGACCUGCCACUUAAUAUCUAAGAGGAGGCUACUAGUACUAGAUGACUUGACAAAAUGCCGUCCCAGUCCGACGAGCCCGCAGUGGCUCGCAAGUCUUCCCUCCGUAGCAGAGUUAGCGUCCAGGCUGCAGCUAACGUAGCGAAAGCGAAGCAGCAGGAAGAAGAAUCUCAAAAAGGAAAGGAGAAGCCCAAAGAGGAGAAAUGCGAUCUCUUCUCUGAUCCUGAUGAUGGUGGAGGGAACGACGAUGCAGCUCAGCCAAAGACUUCCAAAAGCUCUUCUGGUACCUCAGCGUCGUCUGUCAUUGGCACAUUGGGUCGAGUACGGAAGAAGCCUCGCAAGGAUGCUCUCUCUGACGAUGACGACAAAGAGAAUCUUGACGACGAGGAGGAAAGCAGAUUCAAGCCUAAGCGACUGAAGAAAGGUGGCGCUUCGAGUUCCAGUAGUGCCGUAAAGAGGAAGUCUGAUGGUGGACAGCUUGACGAUUUCUUCGCAGCACCAGAAGAUGACAACGCUUUUGCCGACAGCUAUCACUUUGGCCUUAGCCUAGACAACAACAUCCUCAAAAAUGGCAAUAAACAGGACGCCGAGGACAGUGGCGAAGAAGAAGGCGAAGAAGACAGCGAUGACGAGGAAUAUGAGCCAGAUUCUGACGAAGUAGAUGAAGGUUUUUUCUCAAAAAUGAGCGGUCGAAGCAAGAAAAGAGGAAAGAAGGCCCAACCGACGAAGGCGAUGAAGAAAGCGAAAGCCGCACCGAAGAAGAAAGGUGCAAAAAAGAAGAAGAAACGCGAUAGCUUCGUAGUCGACGGAUUGUCGGACGAACAACAAAGUGACUCUGAUGCCGUACCCUCGUCCUACCAUUAAGCGGCGUCCAUUAUUUUCAAAUCGAUAGCGUUUGCUUUCCAUUGUUUUUUCGACAUAAGAUGAAGAUCGAAAAUCAUUUCACAUUUUUGAACAAACAUGUCCACUUCAGAAUAUCCGCUCAGACAGCGAUGAUGAAUACCGUAAGGCGAAAACGAAAGAGGAUAAAGAAUGGAUGGCGAAAAGACGACACCUUGUCCGCCAAAAGAAGAAAGAAGCCGAGGAUAUUGAGCAGCUGUGGGGUUAUACGAAAAGUAAGCGUUUUGAGUCAGUUACAAAAUACCUUAUUAUUUUUGGCGUAGAGUCUAUAUUACUAGUACUGUACAUGUUGCAGUUCGAAGAUAGUAGUCCUCUUUCUUGCAUGUUUGAUAUCUUUCUCUUAAGCUUAACAUUAAAUUUAACAUCCUCUUCAUCUACAUCUUCAUUUUCAUGAUCACCAUAGGAAAUAGAUGUUCAACUCCUACUCCCCGUAAUCCUUGUCAUAGGUUAUCUCGGUGUGACCUUGUACCAGACGGCCUAUGGCGAACCAGAGGACUCGGAAGAGGAAGAGAGGGAGGAGCCGAUGACCGUACACGAAAUCGUAAACCUGCUCAAAACGAAAUUGAAGACUUUUCCGACGAAGAAAUACCUCGACCCAACGCAGCGUCCGGAUCUGGACGAUGACGCAGAGCAGGAAGGGGGUGCUUCCUCUUAAGACUGGCGUUGUCUGAGUUCUUCGAGUUUGAAUGUCAUCCUGUGCUUUUGUCGUGUCGACUCAAUGACUACAUUGAGACUUUGUCGAAAGGGUGGCAGCAUAUAGUCCUAACGCAAAAAAAAAAAAAGAUACGGGUCGUGUUAGGAACGACACUAUCAGGGGCAUACACUUACACAUGGCGUCGAUUUUCAAAGACAGUUUUUGUGAUGUAGAAGUCCCUCCACCUUCCAAGGCUCUCAUGUGUUCUAGUUGACCACCCUCUAAUUCCUGGAAGACGAGGAGGAUAGCGACGAAGACUCCUCACCUAAAAAAAAGAAGAAGAAAAAGAGUCGUGCACUAAAGCGGACCGACCCAGCGGACCAUGUGGAUCUCUGGUACCGUGAGGCCGAUGAGGACGUCAACGAGGUUCAAUACCCUGCUGCCUUCAAGCAAAUACCAGACGACUCACGCGAUGCCCACGUUAUCUACUUGCGAAGAGUAGUAGGCUUAUGGACAAGUACAGUCAUUUACAACUCCUCACACUCGAUCAAGAUCAAGAUGAACAUCAAGAAUCAGUGUAGUCACUUUUAGUUUCUUGCUAUACUUUUCUCGUCCUCUAAUUCUCCACAACGAAGACGGCUCAGAGAGAAAGGAGCAAGCGAACAUGACAGAAGCACAAGUUCGCGAGUUGCGCAAGCUUCUGAUACAGGAAAUCCCGGGUGUACGAAAAGACCAUACUGCACCUUGUAGCAUCAUGGAGACCAAGCGCGUGAUGGGGAAGAAGACGUUCAAAGCCAAAACAGAUUUUCGGCCAAUUGUCAAACUCAUUGUAGAUCGGAAGGUAUCCACUUCUUAUUUAUCUUCUGUGGUCCGAGCAGAUAGGAGGUACAGGUAGAGGUUGCGUUCUAGGCCAAUUUCUGUGGACUUGGACGAGAUUUUGAUAGUAUUCAGUUUUGCUCUAGAUUAAGAUUCUUGCAUUUCAAAAUAAGCAUAAACCGCCACCACCACGACAGGUCCAGAACAAGUUUGAAAACGUGUUUUAUAGUGGAGAGCACAAGGCCCUCGGGCAUCGUAUCUACGUUGCUGUGCCACCAACUGGAGGCGUCCGCGACUUACCUGAUGAGUGUUUCCUAGACCCUGGACGCAAGUAUCCUGUUUUCAUUGUAGCAGCAAAUCAGAAGGAUAAAGACACAAUGCCGCUGGAGAAGAACAAUGUACCAGGAGACGAUGAAAAAACAUCGACGUCGGGUAGUAGUAGUACUAGUACAGUUUUGCGUGGUAAGAUUUCCAUUCCGCUUUUGCUUGCAGCACACAAAUCGCUCAUAACGAAUGCGGAGCGCACUUUCAAAGGCAAGUGGAAGCUUUUGCUACAGAAACCGGUUGUGAUGGGAGACCUGGACCUUUAUGAUUAUAGAGGAUUUACGCUUUCUGAGUCUGACGGUGACCAUUCUACAUACUUUUUGAAUUGUGCUUCUAUUUCUGCGACAACAGCUUCAACUUCUUCUACGCGUCGUCUUCUUUACAUCUCUAACCUAAUCCAAACGAAUCUGGCGUCGCACCAGCUGCAACUAUCGACCAAGAAAUGCGCCAGAGACUGGAAGGAGAUGAUAACAUGACAUCGUCGAAGCUGGCAGGAGGUGAUGCUGCUGCUUCUGCUCCUCCUGAUGCUUCUAAAGACGUGAAAAAAGAAGGGGCUAAUCCUAAUGGAACACAGACACAGAGCAGCUUUGCCUUUCCAGGUUACCGACACGAGAACAUGGACGAGCUCCCACCCGAAGGCUUGAGGCAUUAUUCGCAAAUCACGAACGAUUUCGAUGUCGUGUGGCUUCAGAGAGCCGCUCUGCUCCUCAACCACGCGAUGAAACAAAACUUGGUAACUGCCGAUAACAUUUCCAGAGGCACGCUUACCGACGCACAGGUGAAGCAGGCUAAGGAGUUCCAUCGAAAAGGCCUCACCUGGUACGAUGGCAAGAACGCCGAGAAGUUCAAAAUGGCGAUCCAACCAACUCUCUCUGGUGGUAUCGGAGGGUCAUCCCACAUACUUUCCCAUGUGCAGACGAUGCAGUCGGAGAUUGAGCGACAGUGUGAGGACGCUGAAGCGAAACAUGCGAUGAACCUCGAAGCGAAAAGGAUGCAACUUGAAGCUGGAGGUGGCUUCGGAAAGCGCAAAAGACCUUUGGCUGCGGCUACGUCAACGUAUUCCCUCUUUGGUGCGCCAACACAAUCCGGCCUCACCAAUCUCCAGUCCACUACCUCUUUAGGAGCUGCACAACCUGCCGGUAAUCAAGGGAACACAAACACAGUAGUGACCGGCAAGAGCUUUGACAGCUUGCUAGGACCGGCAACAGACGCGGCUGCGCUACAGCUGAAGCAAGCAGAUGUCGAAGAGGAGAUGCUGUUUGGAUCAUUAGGCACAGAACGUCUUGUAGAAGGCGGCUCUUCCUCUUCAACAAUGUUGAAACCUGUGACAGAACACCAGCGUGGGAGUUCCGCUGGUGGAGUUGAAGCUUCUGGUGCAUCAAGCACUGCUCCAGUUCCUCCUGCACAAGGUGGCAAGAAGCUUACCAAGCUGGAGCUUUUGAAGUUGAAGCGUGAGGAAAGACUCGCAGCACAGCGAGCGAAAACAGGAGGCAACGCAGGAGCGGGAGCUGCAAUCUUAGGGAACAAGACUGCAUCGAAAGAUGCUGGAAAUGCCGAACCAGACGACGAUCGUAGUCGUCGUUCCGCAAAAGCACCCACUACUUCGUUUAUAUCCUCCGCUCACGCCGAUCUGUUCAAACCUACCCUCAGCGCAGAUCACCUAGCUGACGUGAAGCUUGCUGGUAGUGACGAACUCUGUAUCAUCGAUGAGUCUCAGACCAGUGCAGGUGGAGAGGACGGAAACAACAGCUACGCGUAUUUGCAAGAGGGUGCCAAGCGACAAAAACAGCUCGAAAGCAAGGUUCGCAUUCUGGAACAGAACAUUCAGAAUUUGAUGACGCUAGAUGCCAGAGGAGACCAGUGGAAAGGCGCCGUUGGGGAAGUACAAAACGCCAUAAUCACGGUCCCGCCAGAUCGUCGAGGGCAGUUGGACGACAUGCUGAAAAGAGUUUUGGAGCGGAAAAAGAAAUAUCCAAAACCUAGCAAGGAUUUGGUAUUUUUUCUAUUUUUGAUGUCACAUUGUUCUUGUUCUUGAUUUAUUGUCAUAUUUAUUUUUAGAGAAGUCCUAUAAAUAUCUAGAUGAACUUCGAGUAACGUGACUAGAGAGAAAUCCAGAUCCAGUGACUAGAUGAACCUCGAGUAACGUAAUCCAAUAUGAGUGGGUGUGCCCUCACUGGGCUGGUGAAUUAGAGUGUUACUGUUGGAUACAUUCGAACACAGACUGUUAAGUCGCGUCUAGUUUCUCGGUAGGAGACACUUGAGAGUGAUACUGUUUUCACAAUUUGCACUCACAGCCUGAGACAAAUGAUCUCUGGCUGCUUUGAUCCCUGUGGAUGUUCAUUGGGGUUACAUGGAGGAAGUCUCAGCUUCAUCAUUGGGAUAUCAUGUUGCAUGGGGAAACUUUCAUAUGGAAACGCUUAUGCUAUCAUCAUUGAUUCAUACGAUCAUCCUAUGUUGAUUCUCAUCAUUGAUCAGAACUGACAGUACGUUAUGAACCUGAUUACAGCUAUGAAACAUUCAUCAUUUCUUCUAUCUGAAUACGUUGAAGGUCCUUUGCCUGAUGAUCACUGUUUUUGGAACUAUAUGCAUUUAGGUCUGUAGGUUAUCUUUGAGAUCAUUCCGGUGCUGUUUUGUCCUUGACUGUAUUGGGAGGCUUGAGCCACAAACGAGAGAGAGAGGAGAAGCCAGAGACACCCGCGCGACGGUAAACCCGUCGGGCGUUUGGAUGGUGCUCCGGUAACCUUUUGCCUGGCGAUCUUGGUCAUUUUGCUGAUCUUCAUCCUUGUGAUCUUUGUGACAUUUCGAGGAUUAUGACCUUGACCAACACCCCUCCUCAAUCGUUGCGUGUCGAAGUCCCUAGUCUCUGGACUACCACGGAAGUCAUAUCUCCUAGCUGCUCUUCUAUGGCUACGGUAUACUCGGCUAGAAACCAAAAUAAACCGAAUAUACUACACUAUAGUAAGCUAAAUCAUCCCCAUUCGUUUCAUCGUCUGAGGAAUCACAAUCAUCAUACUCAACUUUAGUUGUCGGGUUAUCUAUAUGGUGAAGUAGUAGUCUACGUUGAGACGAACUACAUUCUAACUUAGUUAAGCCAUCAGCCUUCAUUAAGUUAGUUGGACAGAAAACUAUCUUACUGGCCGCAUCACGUACACGCAAGUAGCGCAGUGCGUAAUGGCGACUCUUCGGGCGUGUGUCAGUUGCUUUGGCUGUUGUGAUCGCGGAUUGGUUGUCGAUCCAGAGCACAGCAUUGUCUAAAGAGGGAGACAAGCCGUUCUGUGUGUGUACCAACUGGGUUGGUAGAGGCCUAUAGAAGUCUGUAAAGUCAUGCAGUUCACUAAGCACAAUAGUGUCAGAAGCUGCAAUAUAUUCACUUUCAGCCGUAGAGUAGGCACGGACAGUUUGUCGGUUACUUCUCCAAGCAAUUGGAACGCCUUUGAAAUACAUGAUCGAUCCACUUGUACUUCUCAUAGUCUUUGCGCAGUUGGCGAAACCUGCAUCACUAAAGAUAUUCACCUCUGGCAUAUCUCUGCCUUCAGGUAGUAACUUUGAAUAGAUUCUAUUGAAUUCUUCUUCUUGUUCUGGUGAGUAUUCCAGUCCUUGGUCUCUCGUUGUCACCAGAUACUUUAGCACUUUUCUGGCUGCUUUAACCAUUCUUGUUGACGCGGGUUUGCUGACAUGUCUAGCCAGUGCUGCCACCGGAACAGAAAUGUCCGGGCGCGCGGUUACAGCUACCCAUAGCAAGGCGCCAACGACCUCACGAAAGGGAUACCCUUCGACUAUCUUGAUCCCCUCCUCAAGAAAAGCCGACUCGUCAAAAUUGGGCGAGUAAACCGGUUUUCCGACAUCAAUUUCGAAUUUCUUUGCGAUUUUAUCAAUGUACUCCUCCAUAUUGAGCCGAAAUGUUCGAGCUUCACGGCAGUAAUACACGAUGGCACCUAAGAAGUCGAACCUGAGCCACGUUUGACCCCAAGGGGUUGGAACGGACUCCACAUCAAUCGCACGGCCAGGGGCACGCGAGAAGAUGAGAUCUAGUUCGGUCUUGAGCUCAUCAAGAUCAGGACCCGUUGCAAGAUUGUCAUCAACAUAGACUGACAUCUUGAGGAACUUCCCAGGUACCUUCGCACUCGGCUUUCUCCAUAAGCCUGGCGCAGAAUCACACGGCUCCCAGCCAAUGGUGGCUAGUAUGUCGUGAUAUUUCUUGAACCAUGCUCGUGGUGCGUCCUUCAAGCCGUAUAAGGCCUUCUUGAGCUUCACGAUCUCGCGUCCAUGCUUCUCUGCCCAGAUGGGUGGGAGACGGCAGAAGACAUCGCGAUCGAGUUCAGCAUUGAGGAACGCAGAAUCUAAAUCGAACGGGAUCACAUAGUCCUGUUCUGACGCAGCAGAUGUCAGGAGCAGCCUAUUAGCGGCGUGUGAAACUACGGGAGCAAAGGUGUUUAGCUCUCCUGAACGAUCUAGAUUACCGAGGACACAAGCGCGAGCCUUGUAUCUUCCACAUCUUUUAAUAGUUAGAAUUAUGGCAAUUGGUAGAGCCUGUCGCGCGGUCGCAAGCUCCUCGUCAGAAGCUUCUUUCCACGUUUCAAAGGCUAGUAGUCUCGCAUGCUCUUUGUCAAUAACCUCCCGCCAUUUGUCGGCAUCAGGAGACUUGAGUGCUUGAGCAACGGACAAAAUCACAUAUGAUUCGACGAAUUCCUCAUCUUCGUCUAAUUCACACGUGCCACCUACUGCACUAGCGAACAGCGCCACAUUCUUUCUCAGUUCUUCUAACUGUUUCUUUGUUCUUCGAACCCUGCUGCCUGCUUUGUCCUUCGCUCCUUUUGGUCGGCCACGCUUCUUGACGUGUGUACGGCGUUCGCCUGCCACAACACGUGCUGGAGAAGGCGCUUUCGACUUAGACGGACUUAGCGGAGCAGAUGUCUCGCGAUCCUUCGCUUCAGCAUUCCCCUCCUCAAGUGAAACACCUUUUGGAGAGUCAGCUGCGUUGGAUUCCUCUACUUUAUCCAGUGUCUCAAUAAAUAAUUCGUCGGAAAUCGCGGUCGGUCCACCUGGAAUGUGCUCCGUGCCAGAGAACCCCGAUUGAUGAUCCAGCCUUUGCACUGACUGUCCAAGCAAGGGGGAGCCCAGCGACGACGCGCCACUCUGCAGAUUUUCCAGUUCGUCAUACUCAAUGUAGAUGCCCUUCUGAUCUGGCAAAAGCCAAUCGAUAUUUUUAAUUAGAUAGUCCUCUCUGAACUUUACAUCUAGGGUAGAGUAUUCCGCCCAUCGAUGUCCAAGCUUGCAACGAUCGUCAUGAGCGAAAGUUCCAACCAACCAACCAGACGACUUCGGACAGAGUCCAAGGAAGACGCCACGGCGGUACUUGGCCGAGAGCUUGGGUUCAGGAGUGUUGGCUUGAAUUUGUUCACGAAAGUAAACUAGACAACCAAAUCGGCGGAGCAUGCCGAUUGAACUCUUCGAUGAGUUUCUACCAGUCCUUUCUUCUAAGAUUUCAAUUGGACUCUUUCCAUCAUGUUGAGGCAUUUUUGCAUAGUUAUGCGGUAAACGAUCCCAGCAGUCACCAGCGUACUCGACGCAGUAACACCAGAGGCGUUUAUCAACUUUAGUCAGCAUUGUGCGUACACUGCCGAACAAAGUCCGCAUAAAACGUUCGCAGGUCCCAUUCAUCUCCGGAUUAUAAGGAACAGCCGGACUGUCUGAGACUCGCAGCGAUUGCAUAACUUUGGUCAUGUCAUCACUGCUCAGGACAGGUUCUCCAUCCCUCCGGAGGAACCACACUACCUUGUCAUCAAGUGAUAAGGAGUAGUCCUGGCGAAUGCCUUUGAUAACUUCUUCUAUUUCCUCCACACAGUCACUUUUCAGCUUAAGCGGUCGACAGAACACCUUCUUAAUUACAUCACAGAUGAUCACUAAUACACAUCUCUUUGACCUGACUGAUACGGGUUUGAUUCCAACAGCAAAGUCGAUUGCUAGUAACUUCAAUGGUUCAGGUUUGUAGUUCGAAGUAUCUCUAGCUUUUGCAUGUGGUGCGCGUUGGCCUUUAUGUAGAUCACACUCAGGGCAAUUUACCUGGAGGCCAUCUAUAUGAAAGUGCCCACAUCUUCUAUGAAGUUCGAGUCUUGUAAGGUAACAACUACUGACUCCUUCUUCUACUGUUGAACAAAUAUAACCACUAUCAGUCUCUUCUUUAAAUAAGUUGCAUGCAAGUAUGGGAAGCUGCAAGCGUGGAUGACUUCUUAUGGGUAUGGCCUGGCCGGUGUCCGUAUGUACGAGACAACCACCUGCGCCUUUGAAGUUGAAUUCCCAUCCUAAUUGCGAGCAGUUCCCUUCACCUAACCAAGGUAUAAUACGAUCUAAGUCCUUUGGUAGUGAAUCAUAAUAAACACCAUACUGGAGCCCUAAGAUGUUUGACUUUAGUUUUCCUACUCUUCCGUCUUUACUUCCAGCGCUACCAGUAAUCCUACAAGUUCUCAUAGUUAUUUCACUAAAAUCGUCUUUGUGUCUUGAAAGAUAUUUGUUUGCACAACUAUCGACUAGACUAACUUCUUCUCUUGUAGUAAUGGAACUAGUUGAAAGACUAUGUCCCACAAGUUUUACCUCCCCUGUAUUAUUUACGUUUAUUUCUUCACCCUCAUCUUCAUCCAAGUUCAGCGAGCAAAAUCCGCUUUCCACCGGUUCCGCAACUCAGCUCUGCUUUCCGCCGUUGAGAGCUUGCCACAGCUCCGCAACUUGGGACAUGUGAACCAUGCCAUUACCCUUUCCACCUUUACCCAUAGCACUACUAGAUUGGGAAUUGGUGUUCCAGUUCCAGUUUGCCUGGUUCUGUGGAUUCUUCCAACAAGACGCGGAUUUGUGACCCGGUUUGUUGCAGAUCCAACAGACUGGACGGGUGUCUUGUUUUCCAGAACCUUUAUUAUUUUUGUUCUGCGGCUUUCCUUUGCCGUUCGAAUUGGAGGCAUAGACCUCGGCGGCGAUCUUCUUCUUUGUGUUUGCCUUGAAGCGCUUGAGAGCACUUUUAGACAGAAAGAUCUUACCACCUUCAUUGGCCUUUUCCUCGUCAUCCUCCUCUUCACGAGAACGUUUAUUCGAGGUCUCCUGAACAUUGACCGGGAACGCCUUCCCGAAGGAAUCGUUCUCAACUUUGUAGGUUCCCUCCUCGAUCAACGUCGCAAGACGCUUUUCAAGUCGGUCACCAAUCUGGUCAAAUGUCAGACCAUCUUCUUCCUGCAUGCGUUCGAUCGUUGCCUUGAAGUUCUUGCAGAACAGCUCGGGCAACUUCUGUAGCAGUGCACCAUUUUGUUGGUCACUUUCUGGCACUCCUGCUUCCGGCGGGUACACGGUGGGCGACUGGUUCAUGAUGUCUCGGACUUUCGACAAGAAUCCUGUGACAUCUGCAGGUUGAUCCGCGUUGUGGAACUUCAACACGCCAUCCGUAAGCGGUUUUACUUUCAUCCGUUGUUCCUGACGGUUGUUUUGAUCGAAGUGUCCUACAUCACGAAGGAGCACAACAACCUCACCUGCAUCCAUCGCAUCCACCUGCCCAUUAUCGUUCUGGUUGUUGAUGAACGACGCAGCGGCACCUUUCAGACUACGAAUAAUCGCAUCUUUCAGGUUGCGCCACUUCUGCCGAAUUGUUUCCUCCCGAUUGGUAACUCCGUUAGGAAUACCAUGAGGAGCUGCCGGAAUGCCGACUACAUUCGUGUAGUUUUGAAGCAGGCCGAGACGGCUAGCUUCCUGACGUAUGGCAAGUUGCCAUGCUCGCCAGUCGGACUUCUGUCCGAGUUUCUUCGAAAUUUCUUUCGCAUCGCAGGACAUUUUGAAAAGUUGUUUCUAGAUGGAUUUCUACUCUAUACUUAGCUCAAGGGUCAAAGUAGUGUUGGAUACAUUCGAACACAGACUGUUAAGUCGCGUCUAGUUUCUCGGUGAGAAACACUUGAGAGUGAUACUGUUUGCACAAUUUGCACUCACAGCCUGAGACUAAUGAUCUCUGGCUGCUUUGAUCCCUGUGGAUGUUCAUUGGGGUUACAUGGAGGAAGUCUCAGCUUCAUCAUUGGGAUAUCAUGUUGCAUGGGGAAACUUUCAUAUGGAAACGCUUAUGCUAUCAUCAUUGAUUCAUACGAUCAUCCUAUGUUGAUUCUCAUCAUUGAUCAGAACUGACAGUACGUUAUGAACCUGAUUACAGCUAUGAAACAUUCAUCAUUUCUUCUAUCUGAAUACGUUGAAGGUCCUUUGCCUGAUGAUCACUGUUUUUGGAACUAUAUGCAUUUAGGUCUGUAGGUUAUCUUUGAGAUCAUUCCGGUGCUGUUUUGUCCUUGACUGUAUUGGGAGGCUUGAGCCACAAACGAGAGAGAGAGGAGAAGCCAGAGACACCCGCGCGACGGUAAACCCGUCGGGCGUUUGGAUGGUGCUCCGGUAACCUUUUGCCUGGCGAUCUUGGUCAUUUUGCUGAUCUUCAUCCUUGUGAUCUUUGUGACAUUUCGAGGAUUAUGACCUUGACCAACAGUUACACUCUUGAUUUGUCAUAUCAGAGAAAUCCAAAUAUCAGAGAAAACCAUACAACUAGCGUCUAAUGAUCUGAAAACAACUGAUGAUCUAUCUAAGUACCCUGUUGCUGUAGUGUGUCGACCUCCUUCUCCGCCAAAACAAUUCAGAUAUCCAUGCGUGCCAAAGCAGUUGGCUUUGGGAAGACGUUGCGAAAAAGCGACAGCAAUCCAGACGCAAUGGAUGAUAGAUCGCGUGGUCCUCCGAAAAGUAAACCUGCUAAAGAGCGUGGAGGUGGAGUGAAAGAAGUGAAAGAAACACUACUUCCUCCAGAUGAUCGAAAAACUAAGACAAGACCUGGCCCUGGUGCUAAGAAACCUCUGUCGAGACACGAUAGUGCUAGUGUAUUUGAGGAGAAUAGUCAGAUGAAGUUGGUGACGAAUAAGGAACCAACACCGACUAGUAGCAACAUGAUAGGAGGUGGACCUGGCAGCUUGUUCUUUCCGAAGCGCGAUGGUGCCAGUGCUGAUAAGUCAACAACAGAUAAAGUAAAGAAAGUCCCGUCAAUAGAUGGGGGUGGAGUGGACUUGAAAAAAAGUCGAUCGCGCAGCGGCUCCGAUGAUAAAGUUCCAGGUAGUAGUCCUGUUUUGGGCACGACUGACAUCAACAAAGGCGAUACGUCCAAAGCUCCUGCUGAUGCCGAUGUAGCAUCUUCUAACAUCAAGGACACGGGUCCUAAUGCUCUUCCGGCAAAUCUUGAUUCAAUACAGUUGCCACCCGAGGUUCGAAGUGACUACGAAUGCACACCCACCGGAGCUCCUCCUGCUGCUCACAUGGAUGAAUGUCUUCAAUCUGCUGACAUGGACGUGGCCAAUUCAUUGUCCCAAUACAUGGGUCAAGGAGGUCAUUUGGAAAACGAUGUCAAGAACUGCACUUACUCCGGUGCUGAGAUGCAUGGACAAAUGGACAUCAACUCACUCAGCCUAAAUGAAGUAGGGGGAAAUAUAAUUACAAAUAACAACAGCAACAGCAAGAACCACGUACAACACGCAGGAAGACGAGGAAGUUGCAGAUUGGACGAUAGCUUAGAGCACGAUGAAGAUGGACGUGAUUCGACGGCAUCUUCGCAACUGCUGUUGAACAGAGAACGAUCAGCUUCGUCGUCCUUGCAGCAUUUGAAUAGCUUUUGCUCUAUCGACCAAGAGGGUGCGGAAAUGCAGGCAGAGAAGAACAGAGGCGCCCAAGGAGCGAAUAACUCUUUAUUGAAUUUGUGUGGAGGAGGAGGAGGAGGAGCGAAGAUGGAAUCCCCUGUAGAACACGUGGUGAAUCCGGCAUGUACUUUUAGCUUCUAAUUCGAGAGUUUCAAAUCGCUUUUUGUUUGGCAACUUCUUGUUCUUCCCAUUGAUAAUUGAUCAUCUCCAUCAACAUCAUCUUCUAGGCUAAGUAUAAUAUACUUCCACGACAGUGAGCGCCGGUUUCGGAGGACGACUGCUUGCCGCUACCAAGCCUCAGGAGUAUGGAGACCAAGAGCAACAGCGCAAAUUUCUGGCUGAGAUGAACAUGUUGACCCUAGAGGAUGAGGAAGAGUCCGAGAUCAUAUCAAAGGAGCUUGAUCAUGAUGAUAGUGCAAAGCUUGGCGACAGUCUCAAUAGCGAAGACGCAGUAGGAAAAGCGUCUUCUUCCUCCUCAUCCAGUGCUGGGCCUGGUGCGCCAUCGAGGCUCAAAAAUCUCGCGGCGCGAGAAGCAGAGGAGCUAGAACGCCAAAGGCAAGAAAGGGUUGAGCGGAAAGUUGCAUUAUGUUCAUUUAAAUUUGUCGUUCUUGUAGGUGUAUUCGAAAACUCAAAAUAAGCGAGUUGCUGACUGAAAUAAGAGGGUCUUGACUACUUAGUACACUCCUCUUCUUUCAGUAUCUCCCUUAUUUUCAAUAGUUACUCGGUUAUUUCAGUUUAUCGAUUACUAUAGCUCUAGUUCCAGUCAUGUUGUUUACAAUAAAUGGCGUUUUUUCGCGUACCCACAUCGUGAGGCUAGAUCUGGAUGCUACCUUCUUCUAAUCCUCAAGCAGCUAUUGAAAAAGAAACGUGCAGAACGACUGGCGAAGUUCGUGGAGAUAGAGGCUGACGAAUCUGACGCGUCAGAGUCUGAAGGUGGAGGAGAGGUGAAAAGCGACAUGGACGACGAUGAUGAGGAAAACGCCAAGCGGAAAAAGAAAAAGACAAAGAAAAUUACGGCUCGGGCUUACUAUUUGUAAAUUUUUGAGAGUAAAGUUGUUCACGCGAAAUCUUUGAUGUGGGUAAUGCCUCGCUGGUAUCUAAGCUGCUGUAGCACGGCAGUUAUUAUUCGGCAUUGACGUAUAAGGACCUAUAAAAAUGUAGUAGAAGUAUAAAAGACACAUCACCACCAGAUGAACAGCCAACACCACUCCUAUAUCUCUAAGGCCGAAGCCAAGGCCAAGGAAAAAGACGAAGAUGCGGAUGACGAGGAGGGCAGCGAUGUCGAUGAUGAACUCGCUUCGUUAUUAGCAGACGACGAGGAGGAGUCCGAUGAAGAAGACGACGUCGAAUUUCGAAGGAAGAUGUACGAUAUCACUUCUUGCUUACAUUUCGUUUAGACAUAUUGAUAUUCGAAGGAAGACGUACUAUGAAAAUUUUUCUCGCGGCUUUUAUUUCGGAUACAUAGUCUACCUUGUGGACUUCUGUUACCGUGUUUGUUUGUCCUUCUUUUGUUCCAAGUUGAAGUUUAGGCUCAGCGAGUAGGACAUGUACACUCAGCAGUGCUCGCUCUUUUCUUCUAUUGUCUUGCUUGUCUCUCCUUAUUUUGUGCUUGCGUUCGGGGAAGCCGUACGUCCACGCAAUAACAUGAACAUCAUACGUAGUUCAUGAUCCAAUACACAUACAGGUUUCUGAUUAACAUAGAAGCGGAGAAAAACACGGAAUCCUGGUUAGACAAAUAUGUGGUCGACAGAAAGGAGCGCAAACGACAGCGACAGAUUGAACGAGAACGGAUGGGUACUCUCUUUGUCUGAUAGCGUCCUUCUUGAUGUGUUUUGCUGUGCAUACUGUUUUCUAAAAAGUUACGUUACUCUUAUUUCCGAAAAAACUCAAAAAGACACUUUUACUUUCUACUGCUAUCAUCUACAGGUGAAACCGCCCGUUGGGAGGAGGAUCUGCGACAGCGGGAGAAGGAAGAGCGUCGUCAGAGAAAACUCCUAGAUGAGGAGAUGCAGGAAGAUGAAAUUUUGAGUGACGACGUCAAAGCCAAUGAAGCGGAGCGCGAGAAGGCUAGAGAGCGCAAACGAAAAGCAGCAGAACGCGAUGCGAAAUUGUUGGAAAUUCAAGCAAAGAACGCGGCAGAGAGGGAAAAGAAGGUAUGGGUAUGUGCUAUCAAUAGAGGUAGAUGAAACACAAACGAUAACGAAGAUCAUUGAUAUCAGAAUCAUACUAGCGCCUCGGCGGCCUGAUGUGGAUCAUCCAAGCAUUGACAAUAUCAAUUUCUCAUCCUACUAUCCAGUAUCCACCUCCACUACUCGUCACAGGAAAAAGAGCGUAUUGCCAAACUCCUUGCUGAAGACGUGUCCGGUGAUCGCGACAAAAUCAUGGAGCGACUGUGCAAGGAUCAAUACGAAGCUGCUGGUCUCGAAUGGAAUUAUCUCGAAAAAGUCAAGACCUCCGCUGCCCGUAUCAACUUCGAAAAAGCGAAGGAGAAGAAAAAAGCGGUUAGGUUGAAGUUAUGGAAGAACAAGAAGUUGUUGUUGAAAGAAGUUUUUACUGUCUGUUAGUAUUAGCUGAACAAAAAUAAAAACAUUUUGUCCGUUUCGUCUUGAGUUCUGUUUCUGCGACACUCAGACUCGGAGGACCCUGAAAAAGAAUAAGAAUUAACAAAUGGAGGAUUAUGAUUUGAGAGACAUUGUUCUUGUUGCCAUUGGCAUUGGUUCUUCUUCUUUUGCUCUCCCUCUUCUAAACCACAACCGAAAGCGUGCUGCGGGAAUCGAGGUGAGCUCCGACGAUAGCGAAGAAGACCGCAAGACCUUCGGCACAAACCGGCAGUUGGGAUUGCUUGGCCGUAUUAAAAUGCGAGGUCCUAUCGAUAUGCAAGGUGCCGAAAAAGGCGGUCGAUGAAAGAAACGGAGAGGCUGCGGUGGCAGCUGGUCAUGAUAACCGUCGAAGUUUUUAGAACUACGUUUUAUUCCAAUAGUUGUCCUUGAUCUUCUUGUAAUUCUAAAUCUAGUUCUAGAAAAACGUGUAGAUGUAAAAUUUGAUGCAUUUAUUUCUGCUCCUUCUUAUAUAUAAUAUAUCCUCAUGAUAAAUUCUUCAACCUUGUUAAGACACGCUGAACCCGCUUGUCGGACACUCUGCCACAACGAAACAAAAAGCGGCUUUCUUGUUUGCUUUUUUUUUGCUCUAGAAUGAAUGGAGGAAGGUGAAGUCGAUGAUUACCUUUUUUUGAACAGGAUAUAAUUAUAAUUUAAUGAUGCUGAUCCUGAUAAGUAGCACUGCCUGAAAGGAAUGGUGUGCUGCUGCUUGAUGUGAUGGACAUAUCGGACCUCUUUUGUUGAGCACAAUGAUUUUUUUGCACGUUGAAGAGUCGAAAAAAAUACUUGAGCUACGUCUUCUCGAUUAGGUUGGGGAGAACAAAAGCAUGAAGAUGGAUCAUGCGACGAAUCC